AUGGCUGCAGGGAUUUCAUUUUCGAAAGCGUCUUCAAGAUAUAAAUUUUCAAGCGGCAAGUGGGAGAUAGACUGGAAACUGUCGAUCAUUUCCCCGCUGUCAACAGGAGCAUCAUUUUUUGCAAACGAAAUCAAAGCAUCCCUGAGAUAUCUCCAAUUCCGUGUUAACUCAACUGGCCCAAUGCAAGAAUCUGUUGACUUGCUUUAUGGCCCUCUUAAAAUUAUUAAGGAAUGUCAUCAAGACAUCAACAUUGCAAUAUUCCUGAAGAUAAUAUCAAAGAAUAUAUCUAUGUCACGGUCCAUACUUGACCCCUUCCAUAUUUAUGUGCUAGUAGGUGCAUUUUGCACGAGAAUAGUUUAA